AGUUCCUUUUGCUGGAGAACGUGGUGCAUCACUUCAAGCUUCCCUGCGUUCUUGAUCUGAAGAUGGGGACCAGACAGCAUGGAGAUGAUGCAUCUGAGGAGAAGGCUGCUCGGCAGAUGAAGAAGUGUGAACAGAGCACUUCUGCCACCUUGGGCGUGCGCGUGUGUGGGAUGCAGGUCUAUCAGCUGGACACAGGGCAUUACUUAUGCAGGAAUAAAUACUAUGGACGUGGUCUUUCCAUCGAGGGCUUCCGCAAUGCUCUCUACCAGUAUCUCCACAAUGGCAUUGAGCUGCGCAAGGACCUCUUUGAGCCUGUCCUCACCAAACUGCGAAGCCUGAAGGCAGUUUUGGAGAGACAGGCCUCCUACCGUUUCUACUCCAGCUCCCUUCUUAUCAUUUACGAUGGGAAGGACAGCAGGGCAGGGAUGUUUGUGGAGCGCCGGCCGGAGAUGCGCUUGAAACGUGUGGACAGCUCUCUCCCGGAGAGCCUUCAGGAUGGCGGCAGCACAGAGCCCGGCUUCUCAGCCCAGCCCAAGGUGGACGUGCGUAUGAUUGACUUUGCACACAGCACGUUCAAAGGCUUUCGCGAUGACCCCACUGUGCAUGAUGGACCCGACAUGGGUUAUGUAUUCGGGCUGGAAAGCCUCAUCAACAUCAUGGAACAGAUGCGUGAGGAAAACCAGUAGCCCCGGGCUACGGCCUCUUAUUCUUGUCCUGGUGGCAGGAGCAGACAAGACCACCUACUACCACAGGAAAAAGCAGACAACUUUGGUUU